AUGGAUAAUACUGGUAGAGGGGAUGGAUGGCUGAUAUUACUGCCAGAACCGUAUGCAAAGGCAGGCACACUCUGGCUGUAUCCUCACGAUGGAAUAGCCCCCGAAGACGGCGAGGCGGUGCGAGUCGGGAUCAAGCAGAUACAGAUGGAACAGGACACGGCCAAGUCGCAGGAGCUGCCCUCGCACACAGUGUUGCUGGACUUCAACCGCGUGUCUCGCCCGCUGAUCGAGAUUAUUACGCUGCCGGAGAUACACUCACCCGCCACGGCGGCUGCCUGCGUACGGAAGAUCCAGGCCAUUCUGCAGUCCUGCGGUGCAGUCAACACGGGCAUGGAAAUGGGCGGUCUACGUGCCGAUGUCAACGUAUCUGUCAGACGGACAGGAGACACAGACACAGCUGAAUUGGGCCAGCGGACGGAGAUCAAGAAUCUGAGCAGUUUCAAGGCGGUCGAGGACGCUAUCGUGGCCGAGCGAGACCGCCAGAUCGCGGUGCUGGAAGGCGGAGGGAAGAUUGACGGCGAGACCCGCGGCUGGACGAUCGGGAGCACAGAGACCAGGAGGCUACGAGAGAAAGAAGGGUCGGUGGAUUAUCGAUACAUGCCAGACCCAGACAUUGCGCCGGUAGUGGUAGGGGAGCAGCUGGUCGAGACGCUGCGGACGAGCAUGCCGCCGUCGCCGGACGAGCUGCUGCGGAUGCUGACGGAGGAGCCGCAGUACAUGCUGACGAUGGAGGAUGCAAAGCCGCUGGUCGAGCUGGACGACUGUGCCCGGCUGGAGUAUUAUCUUGAUGCCGUCGACGAGCUACACCUUCUCCAAAAUGCCGAUGUCAACAACAGCAGCAGCAGCAGCACAAGAUCCACGGCUACGGGCAAGACGGUAGGCAACUGGGUGCUGCACGAGCUCGGAGGCCUGUUCAGCCGGGCAGACGCAAGCUGGGACAGCGAGCGAGUGCCGGCCGCGAGCCUGGCGGCGAUUGUGCAUCUGGUCGGGACGAGGCAGAUCACGGGCAGCACGGCCAAAACGCUGCUGGCGACGGUCUUUGCGGGCGAGCACGGCGGGCGGACGGUGCAGCAGAUGGUCGAGCAGGACGGCCUGCUGCUGUGUCCGCUGUCGCAGGAGGAGUACCUGGCGAUGGCGCGGACGGUGAUGGCCCAGCACCCGCAGAUGGUCGAGCAGAUCCGGCAGGGCCAGCAUGGCAAGGUCGGCUUCUUCGUCGGCCAGAUCAAGCGCAUGGGCGAGCAGGGCCGGGUCGAGGCCCAGCGCGCCGAGCAGGCUAUUCUCUCUCUCCUCUGA